UCUAUUAUUAAUUUUUUCUUUUUCAUUUUAUUUUCUUUUCCUUUCCUUUUUUUUUUCUUUUUCUAUUCUUCGUCUCCUUCUUCCUCCGUUCCACAUUCUCCACAACCCACAACAUCGAAGCAAGGGGGUCUUGGCAUCUGCUCAUUUUUUCAUUUUCACAUUUUCUUUCAUUUUCCUCCUCUCUCCUGCUCCCCUUCCCCCCUCCACCAUUUCACACCACCAUCCCCUCCACUAGAACUUUGCACUACCAUUUCACACCACCAUCCCCAUCUCCGCCCGAACCACCACUUCAUACGACCAUCCUCUCCACCCAAAGUCUAAAAUCCUGCAAAUUUGGAGUACCAUAAUAUGAGAGGUAGUGGGUCAGUUUGUACUUUUAUGUAUUGCUACAGAUCUAGUCCCCCACGGUAAAAAAGGGCACCACCGGAUCAGCCAUCAAAGACCCAAAAAUUGGGUAGAGGAAUUCUACAGGCGGGUCUCAUUUUUGCUACGGUUUCGGGGAGAAAGAAGAAGAGGACUUGUAAUUGUAGUCUAAAACCGUUCUUAACAUUUCUUCUCUUUCUUUAAUCUUUAUCUUCCGCCUCCGUAAUCUGCAUCCCCACAUCCCUUAUAUCUACACCGUUCCCACUCACCGCCUCUCCUAUUCAUCAACUGCGUUCUACAUCCUGCAAUUCUUUUCCAGACGGACCAAAACAAUGGAUCCUUGUCCAUUCGUCCAAAUUGUGAUUGGAAACUUGGCGGUGAGGCUUUCUCCCCCAUCCUCUUGGUCUAAGUCAACGACCACCAUGACCCUGUGUUACUGUAAAAUCAAGCUCAAAGGCUUCCCAAUGCAGUAUUCGACAGUCCCGUGGCUUUCUCAGGAGAGUGGUACUAAUGCAAUUGAGAGCAGGAUUCAUGCUGGGUUUAACUUCAAGAAGUUGGAGUUUGAGAAGCUUGUUAAGAAAUUGGCUGCCAGAGGUAGGACUUGUGGUUUGAAGAUUGAGAUAUAUACGGGAAAAGGAGGGAAUACUUCUGCAGCUUGCGGGUGGAAGUUGGGUGGGAAAUUUUUGGGCAGUGUUUUGGUGCAGCUGGACUUGAAGGCAACGGAGCAUAGUAAUAAAGGGUGCGUGAUUCAGGAUGGAUGGAUUAGUACGGUGGGCGGUGGGAGGGGAAAAGUGGUUGAGUUGCACGUAGACGUGAGAGCUGAGAGAUGAGCCAGACCCAAGAUUUGUGUUUCAAUUUGAAGGGGAUGCUAUUUUCGCUCAUCUGAUUUGUCCACUUUUUCAAGAAUUUUAUGAU